GGAGUGGGAUAUCUUGGCAGUGCCGCUCACCCACGCCUUAGGCUAGCGACCUUCGCCCGUGGGCAGAUUUUCCUCCGAUCAUCCUGCCUGGUUGGCUGUCUCGAAUCUCCCCACGGCAAGAGUCUCAAGAGCGACUGAGGGAUUCCCCCGUCGUCCUGGGCGCCAAGAUGAUUGCUAAUUCUUCACCAAUGGCUGUUAUCGUGCAUGCUCCAUUCCAGAGUGCGAGACUGGGACAGAGAUUUUCAGAGUGACCGGCUUUCUGGGCGUUUAAGAACAGGGUCUACCCCUCUCCUUCGCUGGUUUCUUCUUUUCUUUACCCAAACCGAUUCUCAAUUCCUCCCCAGGAACGUUGUUUCAUAGAGGUCCAACUCACGGAGCCUAUUGUUCGGAUAGCUCGACGAAAUGGUCAACGACAAGGCCGCCGAGCCAGGCGCGGUACGCCCUGGUCAUGCCGACCUUAGCCAGCCAGCUUACUGCCUUCCCUACGAAGUCGUCUUGAAGGAGAUCGGCACGGACAUUGACGAAGGUCUCACCAAGGACGAGGCUGCCCGUCGCCUCCAGCAGUACGGACAGAACAAGCUCGACGAAGGCGAGGGCGUCUCGAUCAUCAAGAUUAUCGUGCGCCAGGUGGCCAACGCAAUGAUGCUAGUGCUGAUUCUGGCCAUGGCGGUCAGUUUCGGAAUUCAAUCCUGGAUCGAGGGCGGCGUCAUCGCUGCAGUCAUUAUGUUGAACAUUGUCGUUGGUUUCUUCCAAGAGUAUGCGGCUGAAAAGACCAUGGAGUCUUUGCAUAACUUGAGCUCUCCUACCGGAACUGUAACCAGAGGCGGCGAAACCUUUUCGAUUCCGUCCCAUGACAUUGUUCCGGGUGACAUGAUCGAAUUGAGGACUGGUGAUACCAUCCCCGCGGAUAUCCGGUUGGUCGAGGCCGUUAACUUGGAGACCGACGAAGCGUUACUCACCGGUGAAUCUUUACCCGUCCAAAAGGAAUGCGACGCGACGUUCAAAGAAGACACUGGCCCUGGAGAUAGGUUGAACAUCGCCUAUUCUUCCAGUACUGUCACUCGUGGUCGUGCUCGAGGUGUGGCUGUGAAUACCGGCAUGGCUACCGAGAUCGGAUCGAUUGCAGCUGCUCUACGCGCCACCAACAGCAAACGUCGUCCAGUAAAGCGCGGCCCUGACGGGGAGACGAAAAAGCGCUGGUAUGUCCAGGCAUGGACGCUCACUGGAACUGACGCAGUCGGACGUUUCCUUGGAGUUAACGUGGGCACUCCGUUGCAGCGAAAGCUGUCCAAACUUGCAAUCCUCUUAUUUGGAGUUGCCGUGCUCUUUGCCAUUAUCGUCAUGGCAGCGAACCUGUUCUCCAACGAUAAUGAGGUUAUCCUGUACGCUGUCGGAACCGGUCUUUCUAUGAUCCCUGCGUGUCUGGUGGUUGUCCUCACAAUCACGAUGGCCGUUGGCACCAAACGCAUGGUCGAGCGAAACGUUAUCGUUCGCAAAUUGGAUUCGCUUGAGGCGCUUGGAGCAGUCACGAACAUUUGUUCUGAUAAGACCGGCACCUUGACUCAGGGUAAAAUGGUGGUUAAGAAGGCCUGGAUCCCCUCGCGCGGAACCUACUCCGUUGGUAACUCCAACGAACCCUUUAAUCCGACUACUGGAGAUGUGACGUUUUCCUCCGUACCGCCUCUGGAGUUCAUUGAUGAAAAGGAAGGCCCCGUCGUCGAGAGUGCUGAAGGCCUGGUCGACGGUAACCGUGCUCUUGAAGAUUUCCUUGACGUCGCGUCCAUGGCCAACCUGUCUCACGUUUUCAAAUCCGAAGAAGGAGAAUGGUGUGCACGAGGUGAGCCGACUGAGAUUGCCAUCGAAGUUUUUGCUUCCCGUUUCAACUGGAACCGAGACCGAUGGACCAAAGGUUCGAAGGCUGCGUGGCACCAAAAGGCAGAAUUCCCGUUCGACUCGACCAUCAAGAGGAUGUCCGUCAUCUUCGGAAAGACGAAGCCUGAUGGAGAGGAGCAUGAUAUGGUGUUCACCAAAGGAGCCGUCGAACGCAUUGUUGAUGUCUGCACGACUGUCAUCUGGGAUCAAGACUCUUCUACUGCUGUACCCUUGACCGAUGCUAUGCGCGAGAAGAUUCUCCAGAACAUGGAGGAGCUCGCGAAAUUGGGUCUGCGUGUUCUGGCUCUGGCUCAUCGACCAUACAAGGAGCAAGCCCGCCUUCUCGAGGGCUCUGACCUCAACCGUGACGAGAUUGAAAAGGACCUCUGCUUCCUUGGUCUUAUUGGACUGUAUGACCCUCCACGCCCCGAAACCGCGGGAUCGAUUGCCGCCUGCUACAAGGCCGGCAUUACUGUGCACAUGGUGACUGGAGACCAUCCGGGAACUGCCAAGGCGAUUGCCCAACAAGUCGGCAUCCUGCCGGCAGAUAUGUCAACUGUCAGUGCCGAUGUGGCUGAUGCUAUGGUGAUGACCGCUGCUCAGUUCGAUAAGCUAUCUGAUGAUGAGAUUGAUGAUCUUCCAACCUUGCCGUUGGUCAUUGCUCGCUGUGCUCCUCAGACCAAAGUGCGCAUGAUUGGCGCAUUGCACCGACGAGGUCGGUUCGCGGCUAUGACUGGUGAUGGAGUGAAUGAUUCCCCGUCUCUCAAGCACGCUGACGUGGGUAUUGCCAUGGGACAAGCGGGCUCCGACGUCGCAAAAGAUGCAUCGGAUAUUAUUCUCACCGACGAUAACUUUGCAUCUAUUCUCAAUGCCGUUGAAGAAGGCCGUCGAAUUUUCGACAACAUCCAAAAAUUCGUUCUGCACCUACUCGCCGAGAACAUCGCUCAGGCAUGCACCUUGUUGAUCGGAUUAGCCUUUAAAGACCAGGACGACAAAUCCGUGUUCCCGCUGGCCCCUGUGGAAAUCCUCUGGAUCAUCAUGAUCACUUCCGGAAUGCCCGACAUGGGUCUUGGCAUGGAAGUCGCAGCACCAGAUAUUAUGGACCGCCCGCCCCAAGCCAAGCAAGGCAUCUUCACCUGGGAGGUCAUCGUCGACAUCCUCGUCUACGGCUUCUGGACCGCAGCACUCUGCCUCUCAGCCUUUAGCCUGCGCAUGUGGGGCUUCGGCGACGGCAACCUAGGCAGCGGCUGCAACCGCGAAUACUCCGAACAAUGCGAGCUCGUCUUCCGCGCGCGCGCCACGACGUUCGUCUGCCUCACCUGGUUCGCGCUCUUCCUCGCCUGGGAAAUGGUCAACAUGCGCCUCUCCUUCUUCCGCAUGCAGCCCGACAGCAAGAAAUACUUCACGCAGUGGAUGUACGACGUCUGGCGCAACAAGUUCCUCUUCUGGUCUAUCAUGGCCGGCUGGAUCACCACGUUCCCGAUUCUGUAUAUCCCCGUGCUCAACACCGUUGUCUUUAAACAUACGGGCAUUUCAUGGGAGUGGGGCAUUGUCUUUAUCGAGGCGAUUCUGUUCUUCGCGGGUGUCGAGGCGUGGAAGUAUGCGAAGAGGGUGUACUUCCGUCGCCAGAAGGCGAAGGCGCAGAGUCAGAGCGUCAGGCCGUUGGGCGACCCGAGCACCCACUCGGAAGAUGCCUAACGAUUGCUCUCCCUCGCUCGUUCUGUGAGAGGUCGAGGGAUUCUGUCAUUAUUGGAACUGGUGAAGCGUUAUUCGGGCUUAGACUUAUUGGUAUUUUGGACAAUCUUUGUGGUUUGUUGGUGGGGUGGUAGAUGGGCGGGGGAGUUUGGGCUGGUAUGGAUUGGUAGCGGCAGCGAUAGCAGUAGUGCUUUGAUUAUGGUAGGUAGAGGUUCAGGUAGGCACUGGUCUAGGAAUAGUAGUAGAAUGCCAAUGUGGAUGAAACG